CAAGCAUACUGCUGCAGCACAGCCUCGACUAGAGACUAGGCCUCUUUCUCUUUAUCUCUUCUCGAAGGAAGAUGGAAAUUCCAAACCUCACACGUGAGGUGAUGUGCUAAGAUGUGCUGUAGCCCAACGGCACCCAACCUGGCACCCAAUACCCAACAGCCGCUUUUUGAGGCCUGCCCUGGCAUAUUAGAACGGAAUCGAAUACGUGGUUCUUAAUUCUGGCUUGCAGUUGGUCAAUAUUGGCGUGAUAUGGCCCCAAUCUGGUCAUGGUGUUGCAAAAUGCGCGUGAGCUUUGGGCGAGCACUCAUUUGCAUGAACUGCCGACUUUUAUUAUCGACAUGACAAUCCCGAAGCCCGCAUCCCUUUAAGACUUUUGAGUGCCCUCCCCAAUCUCAGAACUGACCAACGCUUCGUUUUCGUCUUCAGCUGUGUUGAUACUAUGCAAACAACGUCAGCAACAUACCAUCGCAAACCCAUCAUGACGGACGAUUUUUAUAACUCGUGGGUGGAACCUAGCAAAUACCCACGAAUACCCAACGUCUAUGAACCAAUUCAAGAUAGCCAGGUUUCUGGUCAAUGUGGUAUUCGAGAGAAGAAAGAGUUUGUCUGGGCUCACCAGGAUUCUCGGGAUAGCCAUCAAUCGUCUUGGACUACCAACCGCAAACCUCUAAGCAGCGAGGAACCACAUCAGUGGCUCGUCAACGACAGGACGAAUUACUCUGUGGUUGUGCAGCUAGGGAGUAGCUACAGGAGCGAGAACCAGAUCCUAGGAGAUGACUUCAAAGACGCAUUGAGGGACUGGCACAUGCCGUCACAUCACCCAGAUUCGAUUGAGAAGAGACGCGCCAGGCGGGAAGCGAGCUUUGAGAAGUGGAAAGAUGCUGGGGAUAGAGUGUUUUGUCACUCGGCGCGAUUUGGUCAUGAUUUCAGUCACUUGAAGGCAUGAACUACCUUGGAGAAGUCUGGCUGAUGAAGUGUUAUGACGGCUCAGUGGUGUAGCAGAUUCUUUAAUUUUCGAUGCGAACGCAGAAAAUGGUUUGAUAUACAGUACUGGUCUUGUCUCACACUGGGCGAGCUUUGUGGUCGAGUUCUGAAUCACUUUUACCAAGCUGUAAAACUCAUCGACGAUGGGUCGCAGGGACACGGUUGCUAAGAAUACCACAAAGCUAAGCUAGCUAGCUAGCUGCCUUUGCAGUGAUGGGCAUGCUUAGCGUUUCUGGAACAACAGUUUGGCCUGACUGUGCUGGGGUAUUUCUUCCCUGACCAUCAUGAGUACUGUCUUGUAUCAUCUCGGCCAUCGGGAGGGAUAAUUGUGGUGGAUUCGAUGCGGGUUUCCUCAACAAUCAUAGCGGCGUAUCGGGGGAAGCUUUGGUCGCAAACGUAUCUGCGCGCCCAAAUCUGAUGGUGCAUACAUGGGUUGCAAGCUGUAGCUGAUGGUCGAUUCAAUUGGCGAUGGAGGUGGUGCACUGAAACACAAUUUGAUACGUGCCGUGAGACUUGCAUUGGAACAAUGCAGAUGCAGGAGAGUGAUGCUACUCCCUCAUCCAAGUGUAUGGGCCACUAAAACAACAGCAAAGCAGAAAGAAAGGUUCUUAUUUGGAUCCGAGAAAUGAGGCGACUGAUAUCAUGCACGUAAUGGAAAUGAUAGUAAUAGUAGAGUAUGCCUGAUUAAUGGAAAGAUAAGAUUGAGACGAAUCCGAUAUCUUCAGCUAUUGACUUGGCUAGGGCAUAGUCUAAUGGAGGUGAUCUGCCUUAGUACCUGAGUGAUACCUCAACUAACGUCAGAUACAGGGAAACCGGCUACC